AUGGGCGCUGAGCAUGGGCAGCAGCCGCGGUCCGGGGGCCGCAGGGGCCCAGGUUCUGGCAAUAAGAAGUCCAAAAAGCAUAGCCAGUGCAAGGAAACCUACUUGACGUAUACGUACAAGGUGCUAAAGCAGGUGCGCCCUGAAAUUGGCAUCUCUUCCAAGGCCACGAGCAUCAUGAACUCAUUUGUGAACAAUGUGUUUGCACGGCUGGCGGGCAAGGCUGCCCGGGGCCCAGCACUGGGGCCGGAGCACCCUGAUGACCCGGGAGGUCAGGGCGGCGCCACGUCUGCUGCUGCCUGGAGAGCUGGCCAGGCACGCGUACCUGGGGGCACCGAGGCCGUCCCCAGGUACACCAGCUCCAAGUGA